UCGAAUUUGUUUGAUAUUAUGUUUUCUGACUUUCGUGCUUUAAAUUUGAGUAUUUGUAAUAAAUGAAAAUAAUAAAAACAUUAGACGAUAUUUUUUCGUUGUCAUUUUUUUUUUGAAUUUAUAUUUUAUUGUACUCGACUUAUACCAUACAUUUCCCGUCAAAUGGACAGCUGGCAUUCCGUUUAUUGAAGUAUAUAUUAAAAUGUUUAUUUUUAUUUUCGACAAAUUGACAACAUUGUACUUAAAUGAAACGAGUGAAAAAAAGUCUGCAGACAGAGAGUAUACCAUUGUUAUUAAGCCAAGCGGAGAGGCAGUUCGAUGGAGAUGACUCCGAUUGCUUUUUGUCCAGUGAUGACAUGACGCCAUUUAAGAAACAUAACGUCUACUAUAAAAGCAGAUGGGCUAGGGUCUCUUCGCUCCUAUUUUGUGGAUUUUGUCAAUGGGUUUGGCAAAAAUGUUUCCGCAAGAAGGAACUUACUUCACGAACUAUUGUCAUUGGAAAACAAAGUACCGAAAAGUAUUCUCCAAAUGUCAUACGCAAUCAGAAGUACACCAUAAUCACAUUCCUCCCAAAGGUGCUUUAUCAACAGUUCAAAUUCUUUUUGAAUCUUUAUUUUCUUCUGAUGGCUAUGAGUCAAUUUGUACCUGAACUUCGAUUAGGAUACCUCUACACAUAUUGGGGACCACUGAUAUUUGUAUUGGCUGUCACAUUAUUUCGUGAAGGUGUUGAUGAUAUUAGAAGAUGGCAACGAGAUGAAGAAGUAAACUCUCAAAAAUAUAAGCGUCUAAUACGUGGUAAAGAUCACAAUAUUGGUACUGAGUAUGUAUCAUCAUCUAAACUCAAAGUCGGAGACUUAGUGCUGGUAGAAAAAGAUCAAAGAGUCCCAGCUGAUAUGGUAUUAUUAAGAACUACUGAAAAAUCUGGUGCUUGUUUUGUACGAACUGAUCAAAUGGAUGGUGAAACUGAUUGGAAAUUACGUCUUGCUAUUGGAGAUACUCAAAAAUUAGAUUGUGAUGCGCGUUUGUUUGAUAUUACAGCUACUAUUUUUGCAGAAAAACCUCAAAGAGAUAUACACAGUUUCAUAGGAACAUUUAGAAGGCAAGAUAACGGGGAAGAAGUGAGUCUUGAUGUAGAAAAUACAUUAUGGGCUAACUGUGUUGUAGCUAAUGGUUCAGCACUUGGUGCUGUUGUUUACACGGGUGCUGAAACUAGAUCUGUUAUGAAUAAUUCCCAGCCUCGAAGUAAAGUUGGACUCUUAGAUAUUGAAAUUAAUCAGUUAACAAAGCUUCUUUUUUGUGCUGUGGUUGGUCUGGCAUUUGUAAUGAUGUGCUUAAAAGGUUUCAGUGGUCCAUGGUAUCGUUACAUGUUCCGAUUUGUAUUACUAUUUUCAUACAUUAUACCAAUCAGUUUGAGGGUAAAUUUGGACAUGGGUAAAGCAUUCUAUUCGUGGUCUAUGCAAAGAGAUGAAGAAAUGCCAGAUACUGUAGUUAGAUGUACUACAAUUCCAGAAGAACUGGGACGAAUAUCAUACUUAUUUUCAGAUAAAACUGGGACACUUACUCAAAAUUCAAUGGUAUUUAAACGACUUCAUUUAGGAACUGUUUCUUAUGGUGCUGAGUCUUUUGAUCAGGUUGCCGAACAACUAAAAAUGACCUUCUGCGGAGCAGUUGAGCCUACACAUAAUCGUAAUUUAUCUCAGGGAUCUACAUCAUUUAAGAUAAGACGUUCUGAGCAAACUCGUCUUCAUGAUGCUGUUAAAGCUAUAGCACUAUGUCAUAAUGUGACCCCUGUUAUUGAAAAUAAUGUGCAAGGCAAUAUUACUGAUAGUCCUGUAGAACUCAGAUCUGAAGCUGAUCAACACUAUAUUAAAGAAAGUUUACUUUCUCGCUCACAGUGCACCUAUCAAGCUUCUAGUCCAGACGAGAUUGCAUUAGUAAAGUGGACUGAAGAUGUAGGGUUAGCUGUUAUCAAAAGAGAUUUAACAUCACUUAAAUUACGUACAUCUGCUGGAGAUAUACUUAAUUAUACAAUACUGCAAAUGUUUCCAUUCACAUCAGAAACUAAGCGCAUGGGAAUAAUUGUUAAAGAUGUAGCUUCUGGAGAUAUUACAUUCUAUUUAAAAGGAGCAGAUGUAGUUAUGUCAUCUAUUGUCCAAUACACAGACUGGUUGGAAGAAGAAUGUGGAAAUAUGGCACGAGAAGGUUUACGUACGUUGGUAGUAGCUCGAAAAAAUUUAACUGAAGAACAGUACUUGGAAUUUGAAUCUCGUUUAAAUUCAGCAAGGUUAGCUGUGACAGGGCGUGCUCAGCGAGUAGCAACAGUUGUGGACACUCUAGAACGUGAAAUGGAGUUAUUGUGUGUAACAGGAGUGGAAGAUAAACUUCAAGUUAAUGUUCGUAGAACUUUAGAACUAUUGGGCAAUGCUGGAAUUAAAAUAUGGAUGUUAACUGGUGAUAAGCAAGAAACAGCCACUUGUAUUGCUAAAAGUUCUCGUCUUGUUUCAAGAACUCAGGAAUUAUUUAUUUUUAAUCCAGUGCAUACAAGAACUGAAGCACAUCAGCAAUUAAAUGCUUUUAGAAAAAAACAAGAUUGCGCUCUUGUUAUUACUGGAGAUUCAUUAGAAAUAUGUCUACAAUAUUAUCAAACAGAACUAUUGGAUGUUGCUUGCCGUAGUCCAGCUGUAAUUUGCUGUCGAUGUUCUCCAACCCAAAAAGCACAAAUUGUCACUCUAAUUAAAGCACAUACUGGAAAAAGAACUGCUGCUGUUGGUGAUGGAGGAAAUGAUGUUUCGAUGAUUCAGGCAGCUGACACAGGCAUUGGUAUUGCUGGUGUAGAAGGUCGACAAGCAUCUUUAGCUGCAGACUUUUCAGUACCACAAUUUUCACACCUUUCAAGACUACUCAUGGUACAUGGUCGAUAUAGUUAUAAAAGAUCCGCCUCACUUAGCCAAUUUGUCAUCCAUAGAGGUCUUAUUAUAUCAACUAUGCAAGCAAUAUUUUCGGCUGUAUUUUACUUCUCAUCAGUAACACUGUAUCAAGGGUUCCUUAUGAUUGGAUAUGCAACACUGUACACAAUGUUCCCUGUAUUUUCUUUGGUACUUGAUAAGGAUGUAUUAUCUAAAAUUGCAUUAACUUACCCUGAAUUAUACAAAGAACUGAGUAAAGGACGGUCAUUAUCAUAUAAAACAUUUUUCAUUUGGGUUUUAAUUAGCAUUUAUCAAGGUGGUGUAAUAAUGUAUGGAGCAUUAUUUCUAUUUGAAGAUGAAUUCAUUCAUAUUGUUGCCAUUAGUUUCACUGCUUUAAUUCUCACAGAACUAAUCAUGGUUGCAUUGACAGUUCGCACUUGGCAUUAUUUAAUGCUAUUGGCUGAACUUUUUAGUUUAGCUGUUUAUAUUUUAUCAUUAAUCUUACUUAAAGAUUAUUUUGAUUCUCAUUUCAUUCAAACCGAAUCAUUCCUAUGGAAAGUCACUGUGAUUACACUGGUCAGCUGUUUACCAUUAUACAUUCUAAAAUUCUUGAGGAAAAAAUUUUCACCUCCCAGUUAUUCUAAACUAUCGUGAGCUAUAGUUGCUUUGAAAAUUAAAGGUAGUCAAAUGAUAUAAUUGAGAAAAUUAAAUAAAAUUGAUUUAUUUAUAUGGAUUUUUAGUUUCAAAAUCAGCUUCAGGAUUAUUAUUCUAUUAACUCCUUUAAUAUAAAGACCAAUUAUAAUCUCCUUCUCAAAAUUAGUUAUCAUAAACAUACCAUUUUAAUAUAACAAGCACAUUUCAUACCAAAUAGAUUAAAUACAACCAUACAAACACUUAAAAUGUAUAUUUAAAUUAUGUAUAUUUUUUUAUUGCAAAAUUAUAGUAUUUUCAUCUUCAAAAAUAUUCUACUUAUUGUCAUGUUAUUUUUAUGAUUUAAGUUAAAAUUAUUCAAAUUAUUAUAAUUUCUAUUAAUUUUAGUUUUAUCUCAUUAAAUGUUAAUGAUUAUUUUAUUCAUAAAUAUCAAAAGAAAUUUUUAAUGAUUCAGCUAUUAAACUGUAAAAUACUUGCCUUGCCAAUACAACAUUUUAAAUGAUUUAAAAAACAACAAUUUUAAAUAUAAAUUUGCUCGUUUGAAUUAUUAUAAUACAUUUAAUGCAGGGUCUGUGUACUGCAGUUUAUAUAAAUGAUCUUAAAUUUUAAUUAGAUCAAUAUUAAUAAAUGUCACCAUUUAAUUCUUGUGUGAAUUUUUUUAUAUUUUGACUAAAUUUUGACAUUAAUUUAUAAAUGUGUAGGGUUGCCAUACACCCUCUUAAACCUGGUUUAUUGUUUGUUUUUAAUAGAUUAUAAUCAGUUAAUAAUGAAACUGUUAUUUUUGUGUUUUUUUUUUUGGAAAAACCAUUCCUCUUUAUUUUUAUAUCAUUUAACAGAGUGUGUAUUUUUUGUGAUAGUUGUUAAUUAUUGGAGAAAAAUUAAGUAUUCAGUUAUAUUUAUUUUAAUAUGGCGUUAAUUUUUGUUUUUUUUUUUCCCCAUUCAUAAAGUAUAGUAGUAUGUUUAGAAUUAAUAUUCAUUACAUUUGGCAUAUGUUUUCAGUGGGAUGGAUGAGGAAAUUUUUUCCGUGCUUAUACAAAUAUCAUUAUUCUUAUUUGACAUGAAAAUGUGGCAACCCUGAUAUUUGUGCAACUUAAAUAAUUAAUAAUAUUAAAGGCAAUAAUACAAAUCUUAAAAAUAAAAAAUAUUUUUGCACAGAAUGCAAUUUUUUUCAAUAUUGUAGGUUUAAAUUCUGAAAAUAAUUCAUUGCUCAACAUCAUUUGAAAAUUAGAUAUCCCAUUUACAGUGUUAAAAGAUAUUUUUACAUUUUACUAAGAAAUGUCUUGAACUAUGUAUGGUCAAUAUUUAAAAAAGUCAAUUGAUUGUACAUCAUUAAAAUCUUGAUAAUUAUUUUUCAGUUAUUUUAAAAUUUUGUUCCCUAAAAAUACUAAGUGUAAUGCGUUUUUAAUAUAUUUUAUAAAGCCUAUUACUGAAUAAAAUAAAUAUAUAUGUUAUAUAUUUUAAUGUUAUUAUUGAAAAAUAUAGUUUAUGAAAAGUUCCUGAAUUGACAAUAUCAAAUGUUAAUUUGGCAUUAUUUGGUUGAUUUUGAUCUAUUUAUUUAUCUUCAUCAAUAUUUAAAUAAUUUUGCUUUGCUUAUCAAUUUAUGCAUGUCAAAAUAUUUUAUACAAUUUCAUGAAUUUCUAAGAUUCCAUUAAAUAAAGUACAGCAGUUAUGCUUUGUUAGGUAGUUAUACCUAACUCAAAACUUAUGAAGGAAGAAAAAAAGAUAUGCAUUUGAGACGCACAAUUACAAAUUUAUUUAAAAGAUAUAAAUCAUACCCUUAGAAAUUUUAAUUUUGUAAACACAAUGCUAUUAAUGAAUUUAUUUAUGAAUACUUGGCUAUCUUCUUAGUUAAUAAGUUAAUGUUAUUAUAAAGGAAAAAUAUGCAUUAGAAGUAUUUAUUUACAUUUUCAAAGAUAUUUGUUUUUAAUUUUUAUUUAGUACCUCAAUCCAUGGUUGUGUUGUUCUAUAUGUUAGAAUUUUUUUUUUUUUUUUUUUUGUUAUAAUUAUUUGUAUAGUUGUAGUUUACUCUCAUAUCGCUUGAAAAUAAAAAAGAUUUUGUUACCCACCACAAUAAUUUGAAGUACCUAUCCUUAUUACAUUUGUAUUCAUGUAUAAGUAUGUUUCAAUUUAAUAAUUUAUAAAUAAUAUUUAAAUCUGCAUAAUAUCAUAUUGUUAUGUUUAAGAAAGUAUUAGAAAAAUAAAUAUAUAUUAUGUGUAAA